GUCUUUUUGGUUUCCAACGCGGAGACACAUCACCACAUCCAGCGGACUACACAUCGGGAUUUUCCUUUCUCCAACACAGAAACACGUCUUAAAAGUCAUACAUCCGGCGGAACCAUGUGUGGAAUCUUUGCCUACCUAAAUCAUGAAGUGCCUCGCACCAGGAAGGAGAUAUUUGAGACGUUGGUGAAUGGACUCAGGAGGCUGGAGUACAGAGGAUACGAUUCAGCAGGCGUUGCUGUAGACGGCCCCAACAAACUGAUGACCGACCUCAACAGCAAGGCGAUCGUUCUGAUCAAGAAGAAGGGCAAGGUCAAGGCUCUGGACGAAGCCCUCUACAAGCAAGACUCACUUGACCUGGACGAGGUGUUGUGCACACACUUUGGCAUCUCCCACACGCGCUGGGCCACGCACGGGGAGCCCAGUCCGGUCAACAGCCAUCCCCACCGCUCGGACAAGAACAACGAGUUCGUUGUGAUUCACAAUGGCAUCAUCACCAACUACAAAGAGUUGAAGAAGUACUUGAGCUCUAAAGGCUAUGAGUUUGAGUCCGAGACCGACACGGAGGUCAUCCCCAAGCUGACGAAAUACAUCCACGACAACCGAGAGAACGACCUUCUGUCCUUCUCUACCCUGGUGGAGAGGGUCAUCCAACAGCUGGAAGGGGCCUUCGCCCUGGUGUUCAAGAGCCGUCAUUACCCUGGAGAGGCAGUGGCAGCCAGGUUGGUGUUCACUACACACACACUGCUCCUCGGGAACACGACGAGCCAGAGGGACUGA